AUGGCCCAGCAGCAGAUGACCAGCUCACAGAAGGCCCUGAUGCUGGAGCUGAAAUCCCUGCAGGAGGAACCAGUGGAGGGCUUCCGGAUCACCUUGGUGGAUGAGUCCGACCUCUACAACUGGGAGGUUGCCAUCUUCGGACCCCCCAACACUCUCUACGAAGGCGGCUACUUCAAGGCGCAUAUUAAAUUUCCUAUUGACUACCCAUAUUCACCACCUACCUUCAGGUUCUUGACCAAAAUGUGGCACCCCAACAUUUAUGAGAAUGGAGAUGUAUGCAUUUCAAUUCUUCAUCCGCCUGUAGAUGACCCACAGAGUGGUGAAUUGCCCUCCGAAAGGUGGAAUCCUACUCAGAAUGUCAGGACUAUCCUGUUAAGUGUAAUCUCAUUGCUUAAUGAGCCCAACACCUUCUCCCCAGCCAAUGUGGAUGCUUCGGUUAUGUUCAGGAAAUGGAGGGACAGUAAAGGAAAAGACAAAGAAUAUGCUGAAAUCAUUAGAAAACAGGUUUCAGCCACUAAAGCCGAAGCAGAAAAAGAUGGAGUGAAAGUCCCCACGACCCUGGCAGAAUACUGCAUCAAAACUAAAGUGCCUUCCAAUGACAACAGCUCAGAUUUGCUUUAUGACGACUUGUAUGACGACGACAUUGAUGAUGAAGAUGAGGAGGAGGAAGAUGCCGACUGUUAUGAUGAUGAUGAUUCUGGGAAUGAGGAGUCGUGACCUGCUCCUUCAAAGCCCCUGUACUGCCCUGCCAUCUCAGGCCAAAGGGAGGGGAGCAAGUGAGGACCUAGCAGUGGUCCUGAAGCAAAAACCUAUCACAGGGGGCGGGGAAAACAAACACGGCUCUUGCUGACUCCCCUUAUGGAUCUCAGUUUGCUCCUUUUUAUGGACCACUUAAUGGAGAGAAGGUAAUCCUCUACAGAAUGUCCGAAUCCUUGCAUUCUUUACCCUUCCAUCACUGUAUUGAUUCUUUUUUUUUUUUUUCUUUAAACCCAAACCCCUGCCUCACUUCGUCUCUACAAAGUGUUCACAGCAAAACACGUUGGUCUGUUUUUAGAUUCUUGAAGAAUUAAAUAGUCUUUCAUCAAGACGUUUAAUGUGUUUAAAGCUGGGAAACCAUUGGGAGUUCACAAGUGCUGCAUAUGCUGGGUAGCAAAAGAAAAUGGAAAAAUAAAAAAACACAAAAAUCCCACAAAACUGAAAAAAAAAAUUGCCAAGGUUUAGCCGUUCCAUUUACAUUAGUGUGUGUGCAUUUGUUCAGCCCUAUAUGGUGGUGAAUUUUGUUUCUUUCCCAUUCUUAAGUCUGGGGUACCGUGGGCAUCGGGGACUCUGUGCUAAGACUGAUGAAAUGUGUUCCUAAGGGCACAGAGCCCCUUCAGCCUCCAGAAAAUCAUCCUAACACAGAGGCCUCAGCUGUUCUGAGGAAAGAAAUCAGAUUUUGGUUUUUGAAAUCAAUUGGGAUCUAAAGCCUG